AAAAAUGUCAAAACUUAACGAUGAUAUUUUUUUCUUAAUUUUACAAGAACUAAUAAAUGAUAGAAAAUCACUAUAUUCUUGCUUAUCCGUUAAUAAACUUUUGUGUGAACUGGUAGUCUCAAUCUUAUGGAGAGAUCCGUAUAAAUAUUUACGUUCAAGAGAUAUUGAAGAAAGAUUAAAAAGAGGAACAUUAUUUGAGAGAAUUAUUCUUUUUCAUUUACCAGAAUCAUCAAGAAAUCAUUUAAUAAGCAAGGGCAUCAAUAUUAUUCCAGAACAACGACAAAAACUUUUAUUUGAUUAUAUCAAAUAUUGUCAAUAUAUUUGCUAUGGUAAAUAUUUUCAUGAAUCGCAUAAUUUAACCGAUUCUCAAUAUGCAAUUUUAAAUCAAGAAAUUAUUAAACUUUUUAUCAGUAAAUGUUAUGCUAUAAAGCGUUUGAGUACUAUGGUCAGCGAAUAUCCAAUAUAUACAUUCCCAGGAGCAAAUGUUAGUCUCUCAAAACUCAAAGAAUUACAAUGUAUGUCAUGUAGUGAAUUAUCAUUUUAUUAUGGAUUGGCACAGAUAUGCAGAUCAAUAGAAAAAAUUUCUCUAAUGUUAUUUGAAAGCAAUUCUGGGAUUGCACAUUUAAUUGAAAUGCAAACCCGAAUUAAAUAUUUAUGCGUUUAUGUUGAUGAUAAUGAUUAUGGAUUUAAAGAUAAAAAUGAAAGUAAAAAGGAACAAGUGAGUGGAGAGAACAAACACAAAAGAAUCUUUCAAGCUUUGGUGAAACAUGCUGAUUCAAUUCUUUAUUUUAUGUUAUGGAUUGAUAGAUCUUUUCCCUUUUGUCUUUUUCCACAAUUAAUAAAUUUAGAAACUUUGAAAUUGAUUAAUGAUCUUGGCGUUGAACAAAGAUUAUUUGAGAAGCAAUUAGAAAUGGCAUCUUUUCCUAAUCUUCAAGUACUUGAAUUAACUAGUAUCUCACUUUCUAUAGCUACGAAGAUUAUUGAGAAUACUAAUGGGAAUCUUUGGAAGGUUAAAAUUGAAAGCAGUGAUUUUAACAAUACAAUAAUAUAUAUACGAGCAAUAAUUAACUAUUGUCCGAAUAUUGAAUAUGUUUCAUUGUUCAUAAAUAAUCAGAAUCUAGAUGAACUGAAAAGGCUUUUAAUUAGUUGUCAGCGAUUAGAAGGAAUAGAAUUACUAAUAAAAAUGGCAGAGAAUGUAAGGUUUAUGAGUGAAAAGUUCUUUUAUAUAUUGGUUAGUUUAGCACCAACUAGUUUAUAUAAAAUCCAAAUCGAUUUAAGAAUUUUCUCCUUAAAAACUUUAGAUCUAUUUUUUAUUAAUUGGAGAGGUAGAAAAUUUCUGCAUUUAUAUCCUUUGAUAACUUGGAGAAGUACUUCUGAUUCACUUAAAAAAUAUGAAAUAGAAGGAAUUAUCAAAUAUUGUAUGGAUAAUAGUUUUUGGUAUAUUGAAAAAUAUGAAGAAAUUGAAUGGGAAGAUUAA